GUUUUACCAUAAACAUAACAUUUUCGCCGGAUUGUGUACGAGGUGCUAUCCAAUAUAAACCUCGUGAUGAUGACAUAUUUGUCGUGACCUUUCCAAAAUGUGGAACUACUUGGACCCAACAUAUUGUACAUAAUAUUCUAAACAAGGGAGAAACAUUUAAAAGUUUCGAAGAUGUUCAAAAACGCAGUCCUUUCAUAGAAAUAGUGGGGCCAAAUUUUGUAGAAAAUAUGAUUCAUCCUGGAGCCAUUAAAACACACCUGCCGUUUCAUAUGUGCCCCUAUUCACCUAAUGCCAAAUACAUCUACGUAGCUAGAAAUCCUAGAGACUGUUGUGUGUCCUUCUAUCAUCACACCAAAAUGUUUCCAGAAUAUCAUUUUCAAGAUGGAAGCUUCGACGACUUUUUCGAGGUCUUCAUCAAUGGCGAAACCGAAUGGGGAGAUUACUUUGAUCAUCUUCUUUCCGGGUACGAACACAGAAAUGAUCCCAACGUCUGCUUUAUAACAUACGAAGAAAUGAAGGAGGACACCAAAGCUGCUGUUCUCAAAUUGGCCAAGUUUCUAGGUCCACAGUAUGGAGAUACAUUGGAGUCCGAUGAUGAAAUUAUGAUGAAGAUUCUCGAUCACACAAGCAUAAAAUUUAUGAAACGCUUUAAUGAAGAUAUGAAGUUAUUUUAUUCCAAUAUAGAUGAAACUAAUUUGAAUGGAACAGAGGUUCCAGAUGGGUUGAAAUAUGUUAUGGAGUAUUUUAAAAUAAAAGAUUUGAAAAUGCCUCAUAACUUCGAAUUAAUACGAAAAGGAGCUGUUGUAGAUUGGAAAAAUUAUUUUUCUCCUGUCCAAUCAAAGCGAUUAAUGGAGAAAUUUUAC